CGAUUGUCGAGUUGAUCCGGGUCAGAGUACGUGACAAUCUGCGCAGAGAGGAAUCGGUGAGGAAGAGGGGAAGGUUUCAGCUGACAUUGAAAUGACCGAUCCUGACGUUGGUGCCAUAAUGGGAUUCUCCGGGUUUGGAAAGAAGGCAAGAACCUUUGACUUGGAGGCUAUAUUUGAACAGACUCGUCGUACUGCAAUUGAAAGGAGCAGGAAAGUGCUGGAGGAGGAGAGAAGCGUGGAGAGGCCCUACGAGCCAACAAGCUGUGCUGGGAGAUCAGGUUCCCCCUCCAGGAAAGGCCACACUGGAGAUUCGACCAGAUCACCUGGUGACAGUGAAAGUGGAUGUGAUGACACGGACAAUGAAAGCGAAAAAUCUGGACCCACGUUACCAUCGCAGAUGUGUAGAUUGGAUGUUGAGGGGGAAAGCCCUGUGGGCCCCCCGUUACCCCUGGGAUAUGGUAAACAGCAAUGUGAGACUGAUGAAGAGGAUGAUGAGGAGGAGGAGGAUGAUGAAGAUGAAAACCCAUUGAAACGCAUUCCAGACUCUCAUGAAAUCACACUCACCCAUGGCAAAAAAACGGUGUCAGCACUGGGACUGGAUCCUUCGGGGGCGCGGCUCGUCUCCGGGGGCUACGAUUAUGAGGUGAAGCUCUGGGACUUUGCUGGAAUGGAUGCUUCACUACAGGCCUUUCGAUCAUUGCAGCCCUGUGAAUGCCAUCAGAUUAAGUCGUUGCAGUACAGCUCAACAGGCGAUGUGAUUCUGUGUGUGGCUGGAAGUGCCCAGGCCAAGGUGUUGGACCGUGAUGGCUUUCAGGUGAUGGAGUGUGUGAAAGGCGAUCAGUACAUUGUUGAUCAAGCUAAGACCAAGGGUCACACAGCCAUGCUGAAUAGUGGAGUUUGGCAUCCAAAAAUCAAGGAGGAAUUUGUUACUUGUUCAAAUGACGGAAUGUGGACAUUGUCGGCAAGGAGCGGUGAGAGAGGGCUGGAAUUCGGACAACUGCUUCCUGAUGCAGGUUUGAGGUGGAAACAUAGGCAGCUGGAUGCCAAGGCCCUGAUUGAUGGGAGAUCAACCCAAUUCAGCAGAACAGUGCGCACUUGGGACAUGAACACUGAGAAGAAACACAAAAGUAUUUUCAAGCCACGUUCCGUUCAAGGGAAGCGAGUCAUUCCCACCACAUGCGUGUACAGCAGAGAUGGCAAGUUAAUUGCAGCUGCGUGUCAGGAUGGUUCUAUUCAGAUAUGGGACCGGAACCUCAACGUUCAUACCAAGUUUCAUAAUCGACAGGCACAUGUUCCUGGCAGUGACACCUCCUGUCUUAGCUUUUCAUAUGAUGGCAACACCCUGGCAUCCCGUGGUGGAGAUGACACCAUUAAAAGCUGGGAUAUGAGGAAUUUCCGGAAUCCCUUGAAUGUAGCAUCUGGUCUGCCCAACAUCUUUCCAAUGACAGAUUGCUGCUUCAGCCCUGACGAUAAGCUACUGGUAACUGGAACAUCAGUGAAGAGAGGACAGGAGAAUGGAAAACUGGUGUUCUUUCACAGAGAAACAUUUCAAAAAUUGUAUGAGAUUGAGGUCACUGAUGCAAGCGUUAUCCGAUGCUUGUGGCACCCAAAGCUGAACCAGAUCAUGGUGGGGACAGGAAAUGGAUUAGCAAAAGUCUACUAUCAUCCAGUCAAAAGUCAAAGAGGGGCUAAACUUUGUGUUGUGAAAACAAAGCGAAAAGCAAAGCAGAGUCAGACUGUCACACAGGAAUACGUCAUUACACCCCACGCCCUGCCCAUGUUCCGGGAACCCAGGCAGAAGAGCACCAGGAAACAGUUGGAGAAAGAUCGUCUUGAUCCUGUGAAAUCCCACAAGCCGGAACCUCCAGUAUCUGGACCAGGGCGUGGUGGGCGUGUUGGUACUCAUGGUGGAACAUUAUCAUCAUUUAUCGUGAAGAAUAUUGCUCUGGAUAAAACAGAUGACAGCAACCCGCGUGAAGCUAUCUUACGCCAUGCAAAAGAAGCCGAACAAAAUCCAUACUGGGUGGCUCCAGCCUAUGUGAAGACCCAGCCACAUGCUGUGUUUGCAACCCCAGAGGCUGAGGAAGAGGUGGAGGAUGAUGAGCCUGAGUGGAAGAAGCGCAAACUAUGAGCACAAUGUGAACCUUGGACUUUUGGCCAGUGAGGUGGCUGCAACCAUGACCGGUUUCACAUCUCUGUUACCAGUUUCUAUAUUUGGCACAGCAUCAGGACUUAUCGAGAUAUGAGUUGAGGGAGGUGGAUAGUGAACGAAUGAGUGUAGGAUAUUGAGAUAUUUUGGGUUAUAUUUGAUGAAGAGUGCGUUUUAUAGGGUUGGGUGAAUCAGUUGAUUUGGGAAAGGAUGGGGAACGAAGGAGAUUAAUAUACUGACUGCCUUUUUGUUUUGCCAAUGCUGUCACAUGUUCUGUUGUUAAACUUUUUCCCUUGUUCUGUUCUGAUUUAUGUUAAUAAAAUCUGAUGCUGGAUAAUUCAGCCUCUGAGCUUAAGUUAAAUAA